UAUCAGACCGCUCAGUCUCCCUUCCCCCUUCCUUCUCCUAUUGAACUACCACCCGAAGCUCUUUAACUACGUUGCGAAUGUCAUCAAGACAUGAGCUUCACCACCACGUAUGAGCCCAUGGGUGGGUCCCUCAUGGUCGUCGCGAAGAACUCCGUACCCUCUUUACCCGUGGAGAUCUGCGAGAAUGUCAUCGAGCAGCUAGCAAGUGAACCGGACGUGGAAGACAUCCGGAAGCGCAGAGCCCUCCUCGCCUGCGCGCUCGUGUGCAAAGCGUUCUACACCAUGAGCCGAGCGGUCUUCUGCAGGCAUCUCGCUAUCAUGAGGUGGGAUCUGCUUCAGGGCUUUGUAAAGCUCCUGGAGUCGAACCCGACCCUUCUACCCCUCGUAGAGUCCGUGUACCUGUCCGGUCGCGCGACUCGAGACGAGUUGAGACCUCCUCGGGCGAGCGGUCCCUUGGCGGCUUUUCCACUCAUCUUCGCAAGGAAGCUGCCACGACUGCGCAAACUCCACAUAUGCUGCAUGAACCCCUCGUGGUUCUACACUGUCAAGCCAGAGCUGUUCUACUCCGCUCUGGGACAGUUUACGUCUGUGACGACCCUCUACAUGCGGGACGUCACCUUCAGCUCUGCGAAUCACUUCGCGAAGUUUCUUGACUCGUUGCCAAACCUCGAGUGGUUAACGUGCUCCCACUUGCGGUGGGUCCGGCAUGAUCAAGAACCCAUCCACCCACACAGGGUCAUUGCCAAACCCGUCAGAGUGUCCCUGAAGACUUCACUGAUGUCGCUUGAGGAUACGCAAACGCUCAUCGAGUUCUUCGCGAACCCAGACCUCGAUCGGGCGGCUGGGAUCGAUGCGCUGUCCAUCGGGCGGAUGGAGCUGCGCAACCUACAGCAUCUUGGAGUUAAGCAGCUUCUACAUGCCACCGGUCUCUCUCUCCGAUACCUCAAAUUGUGUCUGGGGACCGUGGUAGACACAGAGGAGAACGCUGAUGACUUCGCUGGUGCCGCUGCAUUCAUGAGCCUUAAGGACAACCGCAAUCUUCAAAUAUUCACGUUGAAGAUCCAUGCGUUCUACAAGGAUACAUAUCAUUGCAGCUGGCUCGCGCCGCUGUUGUCCGAGUGCUCCGACCAGCUCCGCGAAGCCAACAUCCACAUGAAGAUCGGUGCCUCCACCGACAUCCUCACCGCCUUCCUCGUAGGCAUCAACAGCAAACAAUGCACGGACAUCGACGACAUCCUCACGCAGCCGCAUAUGAGCAGGCUCAAGCAUGUGGCGUGGCACAUCUUCGACUACACCGGCCAUCCCGUUCACGAGGAAUUGUUGCACGACAAGUUCGUGGCACUAUUCCCCAAGCUACACAGUCGAGGUCUCCUUCGCUUCCGGUUAUAUUCGGUACGCCGGGAAGCAGACGAAUUCGUCGAUUCGGACGUAGACGAGAAUGGACACGACGUGGAUGAAGAUUCGUAGUUUCUUAGCCUCUGCUCAACGCUUUCACAACGGGAGCUGCGACCGCGGAAACAUAUACCCCUCUUGUAUUACUAACUGAAGUACUCAUGCAUACUGUUACUUACCCGAUUCCCGACUUAAGACCUAAUCGCCCACACACGAAUGCACCGGUAGUUUUUACAAUACCUCUAUGAUCACAUCUAUUGUAUGUCUUGCAAGCAUGUGUUUGUUGUAUUGAGUGUAUUCAAGUGCAAUAUACGAAUGUAAUCCUGUCUAGUACGACA